AUGACGACGGCGGUCCUAGCCGCGACGUCAGGCGUUGCUGCUGAUGACUUCAUCGGCUUCGAUCACAGCUGCGUGUCGUGGUACGUCGCGCCGGUCGGCACGCAGAGUCUGCUCAUCGCCCGCUGCUACAAUGCGCAAUACGCAACGUCGAAGUCGGAUGAGGAUAUCAUCUGUUCGCAGUUGGAUUUGAAUCAUUGCUUCAGGUACGACGGCUACGACCAGCUGACGCCAAAGUCCACGCCGGACGACACGACGUGGUACCCGAACAACUGCUCGCAGGCGAACAUAGAGGGCGAUUCUCCGACAGACAGCACUACGGUCUUGGCCACGUUCUGUAACCUUGUUGCACCGGGUUUUGGUGGUAUUAUCCCUACAAGUGUGGAUUUAGGUAUGUUGACCCAGCCCCUAUUCCCUUAG